AUGGAGUCCUCCAAGAUCCCCGAUUUCUUGGCCGAGCAGCAAGCGCAAGGCACCCCGGAGACACAGACCUACUUCCUGACCUUCGAAGACUUCUGGGAGCGCAAGCUAUGGCACCAGCUGACCGAUGCACUGGUGGAGUUCUUCCGUCUACCAGAGAGUGCUCCCCAACGCUUAGCUAUCUUCAAGACCUUCGUCCUCAGCUUCGCGGAUCGGAUCAACCAACUUAAGUUCGUGGGUUUGGGGUUGAUGGCAUCAACGGAAUGUGCUGAUGAUAAAGAACGCCUCGCCUUCCUCACAUCCCUCGCCGACAAGGUUGACAAGCCCGAAUCACAAGAUGCGUACGUCUAUGCGCUGGCCGAAGCUGCCAACGUCAAGCUGCGGCUACCAGACUUUGAUGGCGCACAGAAGGACCUGGCGUCCUGUCAAACAGCCCUGGACUCGUUCGACUCGGUCGAGACCGUUGUGCAUGCGUCAUUCUACAAAGUCAACGCCGACUACUACCACGCUAAACAAGAAUUCGCUUCCUUCUACAAAAACGCCCUCCUAUAUUUGGCCUGUAUCGACCUCGAAGAACUUCCCGAGAGCGAGCGCGUCUCGCGUGCCUACAACCUCAGCGUCGCCGCACUAGUCUCCGACUCCAUCUAUAACUUCGGCGAGCUCCUCCUGCACCCGAUCCUGGACUCCUUGACUGAGACCCCGCACAAUUGGCUGCGCGACCUCCUCUUCGCCUUCAACCGGGGCGACCUGACCGCCUACGAUGUCCUCGCCGGGAACAUCAGCAAGAACAAGCUGCUCGAGUCACACCGCCAGUUCCUGUAUCAGAAGAUUUCGCUGUCCGCGCUGACGGAGAUGGUCUUCCGGCGUCCGCCGCAUGACCGCUCCCUCGCGUUCACUGCUAUCGCCUCCGAGACGAAGGUGCAGCCCGAUGAGAUCGAGCAUCUGGUGAUGAAGGCGCUGUCCUUGGGCUUGCUAAAGGGUUCAAUUGAUCAGGUCGCGCAGGUUGCACAGAUUCACUGGGUACAGCCCAAGGUGUUGGAUAUGAAGCAGAUCGAUGGCAUGCGGAACCGCUUGAAGGACUGGGAUGCCGGUGUGAAUCAGCUUGGUCAUUGGAUUGAGGGUGUUGGCAAGGAUGUCUGGGCUGCAUAG